CCUGCAGCGUACAGAGACAAGAUGCGGGAGCUCCCUCUAGCUUCCAUCUUCUGUUCCUGCAUCCUACAUGAACCCAAAGAAAAGCCCACCAAGAAAGAAGGUAAACGUGUGGUGGACCUGAACCUGUGCAUCAUCAGGGAUAUGGAGGUGAUUGAGCUGAACAAGAGAAGGUCCGGCCAGGCCUUCGAGGUCAUCCUGAAGCCACCCUCAUUCGACGGGGGUCCGAACACCCUCGCCAUCACACCCCCACGCAGGGAGCCCUCCCUGGAGGAGAUCCAGAGGAAGCUGGAUGCCGCGGAGGAGAGGAGAAAGUGCCAGGAGGCUGAGUUGCUGAAGCACUUGGCAGAAAAGCGGGAACAUGAGCGUGAGGUGGCCCAGAAGGCCCUGGAGGAACACAACAGCUUCAUCCGGCUGGCCAAGGAGCGGCUGGAGCUGCGCAUGGAGCACAACAAGGAGAAACGGGAGGCACACCUGGCCGCCAUGCUGGAACGCCUGCAGGAGAAGGACAAGCACGCUGUGGAGGUGAGGAAAAACAGAGAGUACAAGGAGGAGAGCGGGUAG